UAGAACAUUCCAUCCUUGUGACACCUGCCAUGCCUCCAGAGCCUCCCCUCCCAAAGGUCCCCAUUUAAAUGGUAUCCCAGAAUAUGAAAGUUGCAGCAGUUAAUACACUCGGAAUCAACUUCAUCAGUGCAGAAACAGACUAGUGGCUAGAAAGAGAAAUGGAGAGCAAGAAAGAUAGCGGCGGUGGUAGCUUCUUCCAGAUGCCUCUCCACUACCCCAGGUACACCAGAAAGGACUACCAGGACAUGCCCGAGUGGCAGCUCGACACCCUCCUGCGCCAGUACGGCUUAUCCACCCACGGUGACUUGGCUUACAAGAGAGACUUCGCUAUGGGCGCCUUCCUCUGGCCUGAUCCCACCUCCACUCCUAACUACCACACUUCCAACCACUCCACUCUUCUUAACAAGAGGGUUUAGCUAUAAUUUGCAAAGCAAAAAGGAAAAUUUCAUCUUUUUAAGUUAUGGUUUUUGGUACUUCCUGCAUGUCUAGAAGCAGACAGCAGAAUUUCGGAGUGUAUCAGAAAAUCAAUUUCUUUUAGUCUUUGGUUCAAAUAUUGCUCCUCAGGCAAAAUCCAACUACACGUAGGAUCAUUAAAUUUCCACAGCGGCUUCAUUUUGUGAAAUCCAGACACCGUCCUUGCAUCCCAUGUUGCAAUGGUAGUG